AUGGACGGUCAGUUAGCCCGCGGUCGCGCGGUCGAUCCGUGGCAAUGGACUAGCGAGCCCAACGACGCCAUGACUGACGAUAUACCAGAAACUGGUGCAGUGUUCACAUUCGGCAAAUCACAUUUUGCUGAUAACGAGCCCAGCCAUUUCUUCAUAAAGAACGACCCCAUAGUCGCCAUAUCAUGUGGGGAUGAACACAGUGCUGUCAUAUGUGAGAAGGGUAGAGUAUUCGUUUUUGGCGCCAACGCCUGGGGACAACUGGGUUUGGGUCACAAAGAUGAAGUAACUCGUCCGAGCUGCGUCAAAUUUCUCAAGCCGCACCGAGCCACGUUUGUGGCUUGUGGACGCGCGCACACCGUAUUUGUUACAGACACGAAUGCCAUAUACUCAGUGGGUUGUAACGAUGAAGGGCAGUUGGGUUCAGGUGAUCUUGAACAUCACAGCGUCCCUCAGUACGUGGACCUAGAAGUGACCGUGAAACAAGUGUCAGCUGGCAGCAAUCACACCGCUCUGUUAACUGAGGACGGGCGCGUGUUCGUGUGCGGCUCAAACUCUGAAGGUCAGUUGGGGCUGGGCGAGGACACACGAUCAGCGCUUUCCUUCACCGAGUUGAAGUUCAUGGAGAGCAUCGCUUUCGUUGAGUGCGGAUAUUAUCACACCGUGUUUAUUACAGCUAAAGGAGCAGUUUUCGUUACCGGUGAUAAUGAAAAUCAAAAACUUGGCAUUCAGAACACAUCCAGUAUUUUAUACGUACCCCAAGUUCUACCUUUGGACAUCCAGAUUAAAAGCGCUUGUUGUGGUGCUAACCAUACAUUCUUAUUAUCUAUGGACGAAUCAAAGAUACUCGCUUUUGGAUCCAACGAAAAAGGUCAACUUGGAAUGCCUAAAGAUGUGGUUAACGUGACACUCCCCACAGAGAUAGAUAUGGAGAAAAUGUUCGACGGCUAUCAGCUUAAACUUGUGGCUUGUGGCGCAAUGCAUACCGCCUUCGUUACAGACAAUGGCCUGCUAUACACGUGCGGCGAGGCGCGACACAAUAAACUCUGUCUGGAGGAAACGGACGAUAACAACUCCAACGACCUCCCCAAUCAAUACACACCGAUGCGGGUCACAGCUAUGAACGGCUUUGUAAUAGACAACGUGGCCUGUGGCGGCUGCCACACACUACUCACGGCCACUAAAGGAUCCAACAACGACUUCACGAACAACGAUUUCAGCAUUAUAAGCGAAGAAAACAGACCUGUCUCCUUAACAGAGUUACCUCCUUUACAAAAAAUUCCAGCUAUGAACAAAAUCGAAGACAUAACGAAUUUUGCCAACGCAAACACAGAAGAUAAGAACGCGGACCUCGUGAACGGUAAUAAUAACGAAGAAACAAAAUCUAUUGACUCGUUAGAGGCUAAUGUGAGCGGAUCACACAUCGUCGAUAUAAAUGAUUUAGAUAACGAAAAUAAAAGUUUACAUGAUGAAAAAAACAUAAACAAAGCAUUCGACAGUUUAAAAAUGGAUGUAAAAAACGAUUUCGAUCAUGCUGUGGAUGGUGUUACCGAAGUAGUACAAGAAACGGGAAAUAAAAUAGGAGAAAUGGUUCAAAACAAUACAGAAAAAAUAAUUACGCAAGCAGAAGCUGUAGAGGAUGUAAUUAAAAAGACUAUAGCGGAUAAAGUUCCCGGCUUCCAUCACGACGAACGGAAGGUUCUGGAUAUACCAAACAAAAUGGAAGAAAUCACCAACUCACCGCCACCGAAAUCACCGAUCAUACAGGACUUGCUAGACAUACCAGAUAUAACACACGCGAGUCCUAUGUUGAGUAAACACAGCGACGACGGACAGAAGAGUGAGACGGGCCAGUCGGAGAACGAGACUAUACCGUGCGCCUCAGACAAGUCCAGCCCACAGGCAAAAACUAAAACUCAAGCCGUGAUGCCCACAGUACGGAGCGAGGAUCACGACGGAGAGGAACAAGGGGACGUCGUAGUCCACAAACUAGAAGAAAAGGGACGCCUCGCAAGAAUCUUUCAAACAAUACGAGACAAAGAACACUCCUGUAUGGGAAAAGGGAAAGUUAUAGAAGAAAAAGUUGUCGAGAACAUAAACAAAGGGAUAGGCGACGCUGAGGAGACGGUCCAUAGGGUCGAGGAGAGAGUGGAAACUGAGAUACGGAAUCAUACAAAUUCACGUACAUGCACUAUUCUGUGA